AUGCAUCAGCUGACUUCUCAGUUGCCCACUUUCAGAAAGGGUUCACCCACUCAGCCGGUCAGACGGCCUCCCGACGGCUCGAGCUGCCUCUACCUGAGACGUGUUUUGUCGGGAAAAACAACUUUAUGCGUCGGUCGAACCAGACCAGUUCUGCCUUCAAGUGCCCUCUUCUCUCUCGAACUUGGCAGACAAGCAGACAAUCACACAGAAACACACAUACAUGCAGGCUGA